AUGUCUGCCUCUGGAACCACUAUGCUCAUGCGAAUACUCACCGCGGCAGCGCUGUAUGCUGCAACAAACGCCAUACCGGCACGACAGCCAUCCUUUGCGGAGACCGUGUUCCACAACGGCUCCAUCUACACGCUGGACGCGUAUUCGUCAAAGGUCGAAGCGCUGGCAAUUAAAGACGGCGUCAUCACCUUUGUCGGAUCGAACGAAGAUGCCAAAGUACGCAUUGGCAAUGCGACUCAGGUAGUCAAUCUCCAAGGCCACGCUGCCAUUCCAGGCUUGAUCGACUCCCAUAUGCACAUCCUCGGUGGCGGCAUCUAUCUCCUCAAAUGCGACCUGAACUACCAGCCGCUCGAUCUACCUGGAGUUCUUCAGCACAUCCAGCGCUGCAUUGACGAUGAACCCGACAAACCGGAUGAUGCUUGGAUGGAAGCGGUGAACGUGGACUACUCGACUCUCACCUCACGGAGCGGAAAAAUCGACAAGACAAGCAUCGAUGUGCUGAAGACGAAACGCCCUGUAGUCGUCCGCUCAAGCGACUAUCACACCAUCUUGGUGAAUUCGCGGGCGUUGGAGAUAUCCAACAUCACCGCUGCGACUCCGAACCCAUCCAAUGGCGUUAUCGAACGGCUACCCGGAAGCCAGGAGCCUUCAGGCGUACUUGAAGACAAUGCUUCUGAUCUACUCGGCAUACCUCUGCCUUCCCCAGAAGAGGCCGUGAAGGCCGCUCUAGCUGCUAUGCAGCUACUGCGCCAGUCCGGUAUCACUACCUUUCAAGAGGCGAUGGCUUUGAAGGAGUACGACCAGGUGUUUCAGGCUGUCCAGCAGGGAGGAGGUCUGAGCGCACGAGCGUUCUUUGACUACCGUGUUGAUGCUCCAAGCUCCGUCGCCGAAGUGCCUGAUCUAGUGGCCAAGACUGUCGAGCUCAUUCGCGGGUUCGAUAAUAACUCUACGAUGCAGCCUGCUCCAUCACUCAAAUGGCAGGCCGUUAAGGCCUUCUUGGAUGGUGUCAUCACUUAUCCGGCAAGAACGGCAGCUCUCAUUGAGCCAUACUGGAGCUUGGUCAAUGGGUCUAAUACGACAUGGGCACCUGACCCAAGCACGCUCAGGAAGACGUACUGGGAACCUGAGAUCCUUGCACGUACUCUUUCGGGCUUCUUCCUCGCCGGUAUAGACGCACAACUCCAUGCCGACGGCGAUCUUGCUGUCCGCGUUGGUCUCGACGCCGCCGAAUCGUUCCGUAAAGCGCACCCCGGGCACGACUUCCGCCUUGGCCUAGCACACGACGAGCUCUCUCACCAGGACGACUGGCGCCGUUUCAAAGAACUGGAAGUCGACGCCAUCAUGAGCUUCCAGUGGUCUCAGCUCGCCCCUUCAUACCUCCCAAACACGUUCCCAUCGCUAGCCGAAUACCGCCGCCAGAACUUGCAAGCCUAUGCCGAGAUCGAGAAAGCCGGUCGACCCGUUACCUACGGAAGUGACUGGCCAGUCGAUCCUCUCGACGAGUUCCUGGCUCUGAAGAUAGCAGUCACGCGAUCAGGUGAUCCCGGUAAUCCCCAUUCCUCGGCAUCUCAGGGCGCUCCUUACAAUGGCACCUUUCCUGGCGAGGGUAUCUCCCGCGAAGCUGCUCUUCGCGCCAUGACUAUCAACGGCGCCAAGUUCCUGAGGGCAGAGAAGUACAUUGGAUCUCUGGAGGUUGGCAAGUUUGCUGAUCUGAUCGUCUUGGAGAACGACUACUUUACUGUGCCGGAGGAGAUGAUUGGUCGCCAACGUGUCCAGCUCACGAUGGUGGGAGGUGAGGUCGUGUAUAUUGCUAAAGAGGCUGAUCAGAAGUUUGGAAAUAUCACUGCCAAGUAUCCUAACGAUGACAAAGCGAGUGUAGCUCUGGAUCGCAAGGCAAUCGGCGGCUUGGACCGCAAGCAGGUGUCGAUGAAGGGAGCUGUGAAUGCUGCAAAAUUGAGGAAGAGGAAUGAGUGCGUGCAUCAUUGA